CUACUCGUUCGGGUUCGCGUGGUUCUUCUCGUUCCACAGCACAAUCUGUAUGUUUGUGCUAUCCUUUUUACGGCAGCCUGACACCGAAGCGAGCAGCGCGAGCACCAGGUCGAAUGUCUAUUCCGGCGGGUCCCCGCCACAGAGUCAUCCCUCGGAGACCCAGCUGCAGGCAAGCGGUGCUGACGACGUCGCCCUGAACAUUCGCCGCAUGGCCGGGACGCUUCCAGACCUCGUUCGCGUCGCUCAGGAAAGACUCGCGGCACAAAGGGAGAUUGAAGCUUCUAACAUACUCUACUUCGGCUGUGGCUUCUGCUUCCUCAUGACCUUGUCCGCUGCACUGCUGCUAUACGCGGUCGCCAGAGAAGUGUGGAGACCAACGAUGGGCAAGACGGAGAUAGACAGCGUGCCCACAAGGUCAACACAUUCAUCAGCAGAGGCUUCGGUCACCGGCGGCACGGGCGGUUCAGGGACGACAGUUUCAGUCGAUGCUACCACGUAGACAGCGCCGUGCACAUUCGUCGCUAUCCAAGGCUGUGUUUAGAGUCACGUUUCACGUUGAACGGCCGACGCCACAAU